GGACCACAAUCUUCUCGUUCUGCUAUCGAGAAUGCGCCGUUCGUCUUUAUUUGUGCUGUUGCGAUGGGGAGUGAAUGUACAUUUUUAUGGGGCUCGUCGUGGCUUUGGCAUUUUUCAUCUGGGCUACUGCGUCUUGGUCAUAUUGCCUGCAGGUUGUGCUGCAGACAAUGCGCAGUAUUACUCGGUAUGCUGAUGGAAGUGUUGGAAUCGUAUCGCUCAGCGUUGUUUAAGAGGGAAUGAACCCACAUGUUCGUGACCUCUCGUUUUAUCUUAGGUUACUCCUUCUUUCCCUCCUCUGCAGAACAAGUACCGCAAGCUCGAGUCUAUUCUCUCGAGCUAUUCGUAUAUGGGCUCAUACGAAAGCUGGAGGUGUCUAUCAAUCUUGCACGGGAGAGCAGGCACGCACGUCUUC